UCCUAGAUAUUCCAGCCUUUUUGCACAGCUGAAGGCCCUCACCAGAAUUUUUACCAAAUCAUAGUUUUCCCCUGGUAAGCCAAUUUAUAGUUUGUUCGAGGAGGGUUGCAGGUUGUCACUGAGAGAUGAGGAUGCCUUAGUAACUGACUGCUACCAUUAAUGUUUGACCAAAAGGUUGGUUGGGACAAUUCACCUUUAAAUCUUCUUCACGGGCAGUUCCUCUGGAUCGAUGUAAUGCGGAUUCUGAGGUGACAAGAGGCGAAUGUGGGACCCGCAGACGCUUGAGGCAGGUGGGUAUUUUGGGAGGUGGUGCGCUCCUUCUGCUGUUUACGCAGGGUUUCUGCGCGCUCCCGACGCACGGGCUGGAGGUUCUCAAUGCAUCGUUAAAUGCUGUGGCUCUGGCGGCACGUUCCCAGACUUGCAAUGGACUUGGCGGCGAGACAGCGCGCAGCGUCUUGCUGACAGACGAUCCCUUGCCUACGGCUCUCAGUCGAUGCCCGGGAACCGCAGUGGCACCGCAGAGGAACGGCAAGCUCCUGUCCCGGAGCUGCAAGGCUCCGAUAUGGACCUGGUGCUGAGCAAGCUGAAGGAUUUCUCCUGUAAACCCACCAGAUUCGCCGACUGGGACGGGAGGGACAGCCAGCCCGGGCUGUACAAGCGACAGAGCUGUCCUGACAUAGGUUGGGACCCCCACAGCAAGAGGCAGAGGGUCGACCUGGAGAAGGCCCUGGACCGGCUGAAAUCGGAACUGAUGGAAAUGCGCUCCCAGAAUCAGUCCUUGGUGAAACAGUUGAUGGAGCUUCAUGAAGGGAUCCAGGAUUUGAAGCAGGAAUGUGACAGUGACAGAGAGGUGGAUGGCUCAGGGAAUGACAGCAAUGAUUCUGAAGAUGACAGCGGCUUAAACCAUUCACACCCCAGACUCAGCCUGCAAGCAGCAAUCUCCCAGAAACGGAAUCGCAGGAACUCACUCCCCUAAUGUUCAUUGUAGGAGGAAUGGGAUAAUUGACAAAUAGAGAAUUUAAUGCAUGUCUGCAGUAAAAUCACUGCAACAUUGUUAGGUGCCACAUGACAACUUCAAACUAUCUGCAAUACUGUAUAUUUUUUAAUAUUCAUAUGCACUGUUUUACACAUUUCACAUAUGAAGUAAGCAUUCAGUACUCAAGGAGAUCAUAAAACAACAGUUGUAUCUGUUAGUUUUAGCAAAAUUAAAAAUAGCACAAUAGAGUAUUCAUCUAAAUUUAGUAUGAUACUUGGUUUCUAGGACACUUAAAAAUGAAUGAAAGAGCAUCAGUGAGUACAUGACUGAUUGUUAAGGUUAUUUUUGAGAAGCUCAUGUAAUUUACUGAGGAUGGAUAGUCGUGUGACAUAGCCUGUAUUUUACUGCAGGUCAAUGUGGUUGAACAUCUGGAACUUCUAGUUGGGAUCUUCCCACCUCCCACAAUGAGAAGCAGGGUAAAAGGCUGCCACGCUGUUUCUGCAGAGUUCUUGUCAAUGUUACGGCAGCCAUUUGGGGAAUCCAUAGGAAAUUUUAUCCAUCUGUUAAAAGUUUCUAAGUAUUACCAAAGCAGUUACAGAACUGAAUACUACAAAUACGUGAUUCAACAUUAACCUUCAGAGAAAAAUAUAGAUACUUGAAAAAGAAAAAAAAAAUUUCAGGGCUCUAAGAGUGACAAUGAAAAUCAAAGAACUGCAGAUCUAAAAUAAAACCAGAAAGUGCUAAAACAAAAACACUCAGUAGGUCAGGUAGCAAUUGCGGAAAGAGAUAAUGUUUCUGAUCAAAGACCCUUCACUAGAACUGGGAAAGAGGGAACAAACAAAUUAGUUUUACAUUGCAGAGAGGUC